GCGCAAUGCCACAAAGCGAGACGCGUUUCCUCAACAACUCUCUCAUUUCGCGACGCGUUCCAGCAGUGAGACAAACAGGCAGGCAGGUAAAUCGGGCAAAGUUGAUUUCCAACCACCGUGAAGGCAAGGACCUGCUCAUUUGCAUGCGGGGAAAAAGCCACGAUGACCAACAAAAAAUGAUCUGCAAUCAAUCUAGGAAAGUUUUCCUCUCCUUCUAUACCAAAUUGAUUAGUUGUGCAUUCCUGAUUGCCGCGCUAAUCAAUUUAAAGAACAGAGAAUUACCCGAUACAGAAUUGUCAAUUCAGCCGAUCUUUCUCCGAUGACUUCCAUGCACACAGAAUCAAUUUGGGAUACCGGCAGAGCAUUUGAUUAAGAAAAGCAAAUACACAGCAAGCUGACUCGCAAAAAAUUAUGGGUCAAAAAGGAAGGGGAGAGAGUAUACAGUAAAAGAGAGAGUGUGUGAAUGUGUAAUGUUAUGGUGAAUAGGAUA